UUGACAUCGGUCCACUGGUGCACAUCAUCACUCAUUAUCAGGUGCGAUGAGAAAGUGCCGAAAAAUGUAUUGGCAAAAUGUGACGCGUGCAUAGAUAGUCCAUGCAAGAAUUCCGCCACAUGUGAAACAAAGGGCGGAAGAGGAUUUUUAUGCAAGUGUUUGGCAGGAUAUCAUGGAAAGUACUGCGAGGAUCAGAUUGAUGCAUGUUACGGCGAGCCAUGCUUGAAUGGCGCUACUUGCAAGGUAUCAGCUCAGCUUAGUUGCUUAUGCUGUCAAGAUGGGCGUUUCACGUGUCACUGCCCGAGAGGAUUUGAGGGUCAGCGUUGCGAGCAAAAUAUCGACGACUGCGCACAUAAUAAGUGCCAGAAUGGUGCAACAUGUGUUGACCUAAUAAAUACGUACGAGUGUAAAUGUCCGCCCUUACACAUUGGACAAUUCUGCGAGGAGAAAGUGGAAUUUUGUUCCAAGAAACUGAAUCCAUGUGGAAAUGGUGGAAAGUGCACUCGCCAGGCUGACUCUUACAGGUUAUUUCAUGAAUUUGUUGUAGUUCCGGCUCCUUAGAU